GGUCCAACGGCCAACAGCUUAUCGGACAUGGGAAGAGAGCUAGAGGAGCUUCGAGCGAGCUACCAACAGGUGUGCGAGGAGAGGGACGCCUUAGAGGACCUGCUACUACAGGAGCAGCUCAAGAAUGGCACCCCUGCUGACAAGCAAGUGGAGGAGGCGAGGGCACAAGCAGCAGCGCUGGAGAUGGAGCUGCAAGCCAUGGCCUCUCGCUGCGGAGUGGAAGCGGAGGGCGGGGGAGCGGGCAGCGGAAAUGAACCCGGCGCGCUGGAGGAGGGACUGGAGGAGCUCGAUGACUCCUCCUUCCCCCCCUCGACCCCUCCACCCCCCACCCCCCCCCCUCCUCCCCCCCACCCCUGUGCGCACGAGUGGAAGCGGAGGGCGGGCGAGAGGGCAGCGGAGAUGAAUCCCGUGUUGGUGCAGGCGCUGCUGGAAGAGCGACUGGAGGAGCUCGAUGACUCUGGCGUGCUCGCCCUGCAGGUGGAGUGUGCUCGUCUGCGGGACGAGCUGGCCAAAUCCGAGGUGUUGCGCUUUGAGCUCUACCGCAGCCUGGAGCAGGGCGCAGUGGAAGUGGAGAGCCGGUGGGAGUCAGAGGCGUCUGGUAUGUCACCAGCGAGAGAAGGCAGCUUCAAGAGCAGAGACGCAGAGAGGUGGGUGGGAGGCGGUGAUUCAAGGCUCUUGAGGGGUGAAGCGACAGUUGAAGGAAUGGAGUGUGACGAGUCAGUGGUAGACGAGUUACUGGAGCUGGGGCAGGCGUCAACAGGGCUCCAUUCCCCUUUGUCUGCCUCUCCCUGUUCCCCCCUUCGCCAUAUCAGAUGGAGUAUGGAGUGUGACGAGUCAGUGGUGCAGGAGCUUCUGGAGCUGGGCCAGGCGUCGCUCACUCAGGAGGACGUCACUCGCCUCAUGGAGACCGUGGAGGCGUCGCUCACUCAGGAGGACGUCACUCACCUCAUGGAGACCGUGGAGGCAUCAGAGAGGCAGGCAGAUAAGGUGCGGAAGGAAGGAAGCUUCUUCCUCCCUCCCUCUUCCCACCCCUGCAACCUCUCUGCUUGUCUGUCUUUGUGCCUCCCUCCCCCACAGGCAGCAGAGAGGCGGGCAGAGAAGGCAGAGAGGGAGGCAGAGCAACGAGCGGUGCAGGUGCAGCUGCUGGAGGCGAAGAUGGCCGCCAUGCUGGUAUGUGAUGCUGUGCGGUGGAAUGUGGUGAGGCAAGAACGUUCAUGUGUGAACCCCAGAACAACGAGCACAAGCGCUCGCUCGCCCUCCCUCGUGUCAUCCUCGCCCUCCCUCGUGUCAUCCUCGCCCUCCCUCGUGUCAUCCUCGCCCUCCCUCGUGUCAUCCUCGCCCCUCCCUCGUGUCAUCCUCGCCCUCCCUCGUGUCAUCCUCGCCCUCCCUCGUGUCAUCCUCGCCCUCCCUCGUGUCAUCCUCGCCCUCCCUCGUGUCAUCCUCGCCCUCCCUCGUGUCAUCCUCGCCCUCCCUCGUGUCAUCCUCGCCCUCCCUCGUGUCAUCCUCGCCCUCCCUCGUGUCAUCCUCGCCCUCCCUCGUGUCAUCCUCGCCCUCCCUCGUGUCAUCCUCGCCCUCCCUCGUGUCAUCCUCGCCCUCCCUCGUGUCAUCCUCGCCCUCCCUCGUGUCAUCCUCGCCCUCCCUCGUGUCAUCCUCGCCCUCCCUCGUGUCAUCCUCGCCCUCCCUCGUGUCAUCCUCGCCCUCCCUCGUGUCAUCCUCGCCCUCCCUCGUGUCAUCCUCGCCCUCCCUCGUGUCAUCCUCGCCCUCCCUCGUGUCAUCCUCGCCCUCCCUCGUGUCAUCCUCGCCCUCCCUCGUGUCAUCCUCGCCCUCCCUCGUGUCAUCCUCGCCCUCCCUCGUGUCAUCCUUGCCCUCCCUCGUGUCAUCCUCGCCCUCCCUCGUGUCAUCCUCGCCCUCCCUCGUGUCAUCCUCGCCCUCCCUCGUGUCAUCCUCGCCCUCCCUCGUGUCAUCCUCGCCCUCCCUCGUGUCAUCCUCGCCCUCCCUCGUGUCAUCCUCGCCCUCCCUCGUGUCAUCCUCGCCCUCCCUCGUGUCAUCCUCGCCCUCCCUCGUGUCAUCCUCGCCCUCCCUCGUGUCAUCCUCGCCCUCCCUCGUGUCAUCCUUGCCCUCCCUCGUGUCAUCCUCGCCCUCCCUCGUGUCAUCCUCGCCCUCCCUCGUGUCAUCCUCGCCCUCCCUCGUGUCAUCCUCGCCCUCCCUCGUGUCAUCCUCGCCCUCCCUCGUGUCAUCCUCGCCCUCCCUCGUGUCAUCCUCGCCCUCCCUCGUGUCAUCCUCGCCCUCCCUCGUGUCAUCCUCGCCCUCCCUCGUGUCAUCCUCGCCCUCCCUCGUGUCAUCCUCGCCCUCCCUCGUGUCAUCCUCGCCCUCCCUCGUGUCAUCCUCGCCCUCCCUUGUGUCAUCCUCGCCCUCCCUCGUGUCAUCCUCGCCCUCCCUCGUGUCAUCCUCGCCCUCCCUCGUGUCAUCCUCGCCCUCCCUCGUGUCAUCCUCGCCCGUCUUCACUGUGCCCAAACACCCUCCCAUGUUGUGCCCCCUCCCUCCCUCCCUCCCUCGCUCUACCCGCCAUCUCCUGCCCUAUGGACGAGCACAAGCGCUCGCGCUCCCUCGUCUCCUCCUCGCCCAUGGAACUCCUGCCCUAUGGACGAGCACAAGCGCUCGCCGUCCCUCGUGUCCUCGUCGCCCAUCUCCUUCCGCCUCUCCCCCGUGGCCUCCUCCUCCUCCCCUGACCCCGCCUCCCUCACUCGCUCCAGCAGCAGCAGCGCCACCUCCCAACACAGCCAGCAGCAGCAGCAGCAAGCCCUCUUCCAGGAGCAGCAAGCAGGGAGGCAAAAUCAAGACGAAAGGGAGCAAUCACCACAGUUGAGCGGAAGAGGGGACAGAGUAGCAGGAGUGGAAGGCGAAUUAAAUGGAGCAGCUCUGGGCUCGAAGUUUACUGGAAGAGGCACGGCGGAAGGUGGAGUGGUGGCAGCAGCAAGAAAGGGAGGCGACUUGACGCAUGAAGCAGUGGUCAGAAGAGGCGCUCUGGGUGUGGUUGUGGAUAGAAAUCCAAGGACAAAACCAGAGGAGGAGCAGGAGCAGGAGGAGGUGGAGGAACGGGAGGAGGAGGAAGGGGAGGAUGGGGUGGAGGAGUUGAGGCAAAUGGUGCAUAGAGUGCAGAGGCAGAACCGGAUCACCCAUGUGCUCCUGUCAGUGGUCGUUGCCGUCUCUAUUCCACCUCUUGUGGCCUUGGUUCGGGGGUGGUUCGGUGGUUGGGGUCGGCGGUACGAGCCUAAGAGGCCGGGGGCGGGGCCGGCUCCGAAGCAGGUUGCACGGGUUGCGAUUCGGAGCAAGUAG